AUGGCGCACCGGGGGCCCCCGCGCUUCCCGAAGAGCCCCGGCCCCGCCGCCCGAGCCCCGAGCCGCGGGGCGCCUCCGCUGCUGCGCUGGCCGCGCUCGCGGCCGUUCCUGUUGCUGCUGCUGCUGCUGGCCGCUUGCGGGGCGGCCGGGCGCUCCCCCGAGCCCAGGCGCCUGGGUCCCCGCGCGCAGCUGACCCGAGUGCCGCGGAGCCCGCCUGCGGGACGCACGGAGCACAGCGGCCGCGAAGACCGGCAGACGCGCGGUGCGGAGCCCGGCGCCCUGGGUCCGGAUCCCAGUCCGGCUCCGGGUCCCGGUGAGCCCGGCGCCCCCGCUUUGGGCAAGGGGCGAUGGGCGCGCGCGGCGCCAGUGGCCGGAGUGGCUUCGCGGGCGCAGGUCUCGCUCAUCAGCACGUCGUUCGUGCUCAAGGGGGACGCGACACACAACCAGGCGAUGGUGCACUGGACGGGCGAGAACAGCAGCGUGAUCUUGAUCCUGACGAAGUACUACCAUGCAGACAUGGGGAAGGUUCUGGAAAGUUCUCUGUGGCGGUCUUCGGAUUUCGGGACGUCCUACACCAAGCUCACCCUCCAGCCUGGCGUUACCACCGUCAUUGACAACUUCUACAUUUGCCCCACCAACAAGAGAAAGAUCAUCCUGGUGAGCUCCUCGCUCAGCGACCGCGAGCAGAGCCUCUUCCUGAGCACCGACGAGGGCGCCACCUUCCAGAAGCAGCCGAUCGCCUUCCUGGUGGAGACCCUCAUCUUCCACCCCAAGGAGGAGGACAAGGUCCUCGCCUACACCAAGGAGAACAAGCUCUACGUGUCAUCUGACCUGGGGAAGAAGUGGACGCUUCUGCAAGAGCGCGUGACCAAAGACCAUGUGUUCUGGGCUGUGUCUGGGGUGGACACCGACCCCAACCUGGUCCACAUGGAAGCCCAGGACCUCAGUGGAGGUUUUCGCUACGUCACCUGCCAGAUCCACAAUUGCUCUGAUAAGACACUAACAGCCCCGUUCACAGGCCCCAUCGACCACAGCUCGCUGACCGUGCAGGACGAUUACGUCUUCUUUAAGGCCCCUUCAGCUGCGCAGCAUAGGGCCCACCUCGCGUGGAGAGCCAGGGUGCAGAUCCAGAUGGCUUGACCCCAAGGGAGCCAGGGGGGCCGCGGCCGUGCCGGCCCUGACCCCGCCGCUGUCCCCCAGGACCUGCAGAUCAUCAGCACGGACGAGAGCCAGGUGUUCGUGGCAGUGCAGGAGUGGUACCAGGCGGACACCUACAACCUGUACCAGUCGGACCCGCGCGGAGUGCACUACACGCUGGUGCUGGAGAACGUGCGCAGCUCGCGGCAGGCCGAGGAGAGCGUGGUCAUCGACGUCCUCGAGGUCAGAGGGGUGAAAGGGGUCUUCCUGGCCAACCAGAAGAUUGACGGGAAGGUGACGACGCUCAUCACCUACAACAAGGGCCGCGACUGGGACCACCUGAGGCCGCCCAGCACCGACAUGAACGGGAAGCCCACCCACUGCCAGCCCCCUGACUGUCACUUGCAUCUGCACCUGCGCUGGGCAGACAACCCCUAUGUGUCGGGCACCGUGCACACCAAGGACAGCGCCCCAGGCCUCAUCAUGGGAGCAGGUAACCUGGGCUCACAGCUGGUGGAGUACAAAGAGGAGAUGUACAUCACAGCGGACUGCGGGCGCAGCUGGCGGCAGGUGUUCGAGGAGGAGCACCACAUCCUCUACCUGGACCACGGCGGGGUCAUCGCAGCCAUCAAGGACACCUCCAUCCCCCUGAAGAUCCUCAAGUUCAGCGUGGACGAGGGCCUCACCUGGAGCACGCACAACUUCACCAGCACCUCCGUGUUCGUAGACGGCCUGCUGAGCGAGCCUGGGGACGAGACUCUGGUCAUGACGGUCUUCGGCCACAUCAGCUUCCGCUCCGACUGGGAGCUGGUCAAGGUGGACUUCCGGCCCUCCUUCUCUAGGCAGUGCUCUGAGGAGGACUACAGCUCCUGGGACCUCACCAACCUCCAGGGCGACGGCUGCAUUAUGGGCCAGCAGAGAAGUUUCCGGAAGAGGAAGCCCACGUCCUGGUGUGUGAAGGGGCGGAGCUUCACGGCGGCCCUCAAGUCCCGCGUGUGCCCGUGCCGGGACUCGGACUUCCUCUGUGACUACGGGUUUGAGCGCUCACCCUCCCCGGAGUCGGCCAACAAGUGCUCUGCCAACUUCUGGUUCAAUCCCUUGUCACCUCCUGAGGACUGCGCCCUGGGCCAGACCUACACCAGCAGCCUCGGGUACCGUAAGGUGGUGUCCAACGUGUGCGAGGGUGGCGUGGACCUGCAGCAGAGCCCCGUGCAGCACCAGUGCCCCCUCACCCCACCCCGGGGCCUGCGGGUGAGCAUCCGCGGCGAGGCGGUGGCCGUGCGGCCCGGAGAGGACGUGCUGUUCAUGGUGCGGCAGGAGCAGGGAGAUGUCCUGACCACCAAGUAUCAGGUGGACCUUGGGGAUGGCUUCAAGGCCAUGUACGUGAACCUCACACUAACUGGAGAGCCCAUCCGGCACCGAUACGAGAGUCCUGGCGUCUACCGCGUGUCUGUCAGGGCAGAGAACAUGGCGGGGCAUGAUGAGGCGGUGCUGUUUGUCCAGGUCAACUCCCCCCUGCAGGCACUCUACUUGGAGGUGGUUCCUGUCGUUGGCAUCAACCAGGAGGUGAACCUCACCGCUGUGCUGCUGCCCCUGAACCCCAAUCUCACUGUCUUCUACUGGUGGAUUGGCCACAGCCUGCAGCCCCUGCUCUCCCUGGAUAACUCUGUGACCACGCGGUUUGCAGACGCGGGUGACGUGCGGGUGACGGUGCAGGCUGCCUGCGGGAACUCUGUGCUGCAGGACUCGAGGGUGGUGCGCGUGCUUGACCAAUUCCAGGUGGUGCCUCUGCAGUUCUCCAAGGACCUGGACGCCUACAACCCCAGCACGCCCGAGUGGAGGGAGGACGUGGGCCUGGUGGUCACCCGGCUGCUCUCCAAGGAAACCAGUAUUCCCGAGGAGCUGCUGGUGACCGUGGUGAGGCCGGGGCUGCCCACCCUGGCUGACCUGUACGUGCUCCUGCCACCUCCCAGGCCCACGAGGAAGAGGAGCCUCGCCAGUGACAAGAGGCUCUCGGCCGUCCAGCAGGCGCUGGGCGCACACAACAUCAGCUUCCUCCUGCGGGGAGGCCUCCGCAUCCUGGUGGGCCUGAGGGACACCAGCUCAGAUUCUCAGAGCCUGGGCGGCGGCGGCGGCUACUGGGCCGUGGUGGUCCUCUCCGUCACCGUGCUGUUCGCAGUGGGAGCCUUCAUCCUCUACAAGUUUAAAAGGAAACGCCCGGGCAGGACCGUGUACGCCCAGAUGCACAACGAGAAGGAGCAGGAGAUGACGAGCCCCGUGAGCCACAGCGAGGACGUGCAGGGCGCCACCCAGGGCAACCACUCGGGCGUGGUCCUGAGCAUCAACUCCCGGGAGAUGCACAGCUACCUGGUGAGCUGAUGUGGCGGGGUCUGGCCGGGACACUCUCCUCCGCUGGUCACUCCCUGGAGGGCACAGCCACGAGUGCAGCUGGAACCAUGUCCCCUCAGAGACCUGCGGGAGGCCACCUCCUCCACCAUCCCCACGUGGGACAGACACUGCUCCCUCUGCCCAAUCCCAGCCCACCAGGCCCAUGGGAUGCCAGCACAGCUGACUCCUGACCCUCCUGGGUCAGGCCCACAGAGCCACCAAUGUCCCCACCCCUGACUCUGGGGUGUCUCUGGCCCUGGCCCCUGCACAUGACCAGGCCGCUCCAACCUGUCGCCCCAGCCAAGGCCUGGCUUCUCCUGGCUGCCGCUGGCCUGUCCAGAGCCAGUCUGGGAGCGAGCCCCCCGGGUUGGCCCUGCUCCGAGACCCAAGACCCACACAGACACUGCACUACAGCUCCUGUCCCUGCAGAAGCCCCCGGAGUCCUGGACCCUGUGGCCAGGGCUCCCAGCACCACCUCCAGGCCUUUCUGCCAUCGUCCUCUUUUUAAGCUGCAGAUGACGUAACUUCCCUCUAGGUGGCCGUUGGCUCUGGGGCUUUGGUUGAACUUCCUGUUCUCGUGGCCAGUUGGUGGGCAUCUGGGUUGCCGUCAGAGCUUCAUUCUUGGAACCACUUUUCUAGAACCCAGGGCUCCUCUGGGCCCAGAGGGGCCAGUUUUCCCUAGCGGGCUGGGGUGGGGGACACAGGGACCCCAGCCUACAGCUCCUCGCCGGCGCUGCCCGGCCUCACACAGCUCUGCCCCGCAGCUCAAGGGACUUGGGAGGGGCGGGCCCCCCGCAGCCGGAACAGCCUUCUGUGCCCCUUACAACUUGGGGGGCUCCUGCAGAGCCAACCAGGAGGUGUAGGGCAGAUCUGAGGGGCCACUGGGAGUGUGCCCCCCCAGGUGAAGGUGGGCGAUGGGCCUGAAAUGGGUGGUUUCCCAGGGUCAGGACAAGAUGGAGCGGGGUGGCCCUGGAGCCAGCCCUCCGCAGCACGCAGCUCGCAGCCGCCUGGAGUUGGGGGCUCUGGCACAAGCCUCCAGAAGACAGCGGGCACUUCACUUUUUGCCUUGAAUUGGGAAGUCACUGUCCUCCUCCUCCCCUCCCCUCCCUGCCCAGGCCAGGCUCUCUGGUGGCCACACCAGGGCCUGUAGCAAGGCAGCAGUGUCCUCUGCACCCUGCCGGAGCCUGGGGUGUCCGCCUGUCUUCCCCAGGAGUGGCCUGUAGCCAGGGAGGCCCAGGGAGAGGUCUUCAGCCUCCGGGCACCUGGUCUUUGCUGGGUGGAUGCCCCUGGCAUCUGGGUGUUCCUGUCACAGAUGGGACUCUCAGGGAUAUGCCUGGGUGUGGAGGGUCCCAGCUGUGCCCAGCCUGCCCCCACCCUGCCUGCCCACUGACCUGGGCUGCCGGAGUCCCUCUGGGAGCUUCUUCCCUGGGGAGGGGCCAAGUGCCAGUAAAGGCCGUGACCUGAGACCUUUGCCGGUGCCCACCCUCAGCCUGCAUUCUUCACUCCUAUGUGGAGACCUGCGAGCUGCGGCCCCCACCCAGCACAUCUGUGCCCACUGGCCAUGCGUGUUGGACACAGCCAUGCUCACACUCAGCCCACCCAGGCCCAGAUCCGAGGUCAGCUCGGGAUCCCUGGAAACACCCUCCCUGGCUCACUAGGGCCUGCGGGUGGCCAGCUGCACGUCUCCGACCCUCCUCGACCACUCAGUUUAAUUUUCUCAGCUGCUGGGUGGGGAUCCCCCUUGGUAAUUGUGUUUUUCCUAUUUUAUGUUAUUAUUGGUAUUAAGAUCUUCUUGGGUGUGUGGACCCAAGAACCUGGGAGGAUGGUGGCAUCCCAUGUUCCCGUGUGUUCCAUCUCCGCAACCGGGGGAUCAGCACGUGGGUCUGUGCGUUUACCUGGCCGUCUACUGAGCUCCACGCCUGGCGUGCAGGUGUACAGAGGGGCACCUGGAGUUGGCAUGACAGCGCUGGUGUCUCGUGCUGUCUGAGCAGGCCCCGUACCCACUCAGUGUGUGCACACAACAGGGGACGCCUUCUUUCUUAUUUUUCCUUUAAAAAGACCAACGAUUAAUUUGUGAUGCUUUUAACAAAGAUUAAACGAAUCUGAUCAGCUUCUGCCUUA